AUGGCCGGUUGCCAGAAGCAGAUACUAGGCCAGGUGUUGGCUUUGAACACACUUCUCCAGGGCAUGCAGAUCAAGCUUGCGCAAGCAGUAUCCUCAAACCAAUGCCCCCAAUCACUGUUCAACUACUCUCGAUCCGCGGCAAGCAUCUUCGGAGCAGCCGACUCUGUACUAGGAGCGGAAGAAUUCGCAUUCGACGAUGCGAUAGUCAAUUCUAGAGCCUAUCGCCGUGCCAUGGCCUUGGCCCAGGCGCAGAUGAGCGGUAGUAUGAGCGCCGAUCAGGACGAGCAGCCGACGGUGACCAAGGAUGCUGAAAGUGAUGCUUUCCAGGCGCUGGUAUCCCACAGCGAAGACUCACGAGAUCCUGCCGAGAGUUCAGCGAGGCAAAUGUGGCGAGCGCCGAUGGUAUACAGGUCGUUCGUCUCCGAGAAGCCAGGACUGAACGAGCAGUUACCAGCAAUUCGAGAUGACUGGGCUACGGCUUUCCAAUUGCCAAAAGCCAGCCUCAAGGGCACACGCAGAAGGAGUUGA